AUGGAAUGUAGAUUAGUCUUGAACAAUCGCACUGAUGGUGAAAUAACUAACAAUGAUAUGAGCGGUAGAUUCCAUCAACAAUUGAAAUAUUAUAAGUUUCGUCACGUUCCAUCAAAGAGUGGGCAAGACAUAUUUUAUCUUUUCUUUCGGAAAGAAGAAGAAACAUAUGCUGCUUUUCGAACAGCAAAAUCAAUAAAAGAAAUAUCAGUUGAUAGAUAUUAUACAUCUGAUCCUAUUGAUUCACAAUCUGUGUUUCGACCAUUUCCACCGAAACAAAUUAUUGAUACCUGUCGCUAUGCAUCUAGAAAUCGUCUUCGUAAUUUUGAUAAUGUGGCAUGA